GACAUAUUUGUAUGAAAAUGUAUUAAAAGCGAUAAGUUAUUCGUCUUAGAAAUGUUUUGUAGGUUUUGUUUCACAGUGCUGUGGCUGUUACGAUGAUUUGGUUAUGCGUAUGUAGCUUGCUUCGAUAUUAAAAUGGCGGAUGUCUCAAGUAAUGACCGCAAAAUAAAGCUUACUAAAAACGGAAAAGUUGUAAAACGACGAUCUCGGAACCCAGAAGAAUGGCACAAACAAAAACAAAAACGUCUCCGUAUAGCGGGGCUCGAGUACAUAAAUGCAAAUGGCAAAAUAGUUCCUCCAAAGCAGCCUGGCCCCGACUGCAAUUGCCGCCGUAAAUGUUUCCAGAAAGUGCCUGAAGACAUCAGAUUGAGAACAUUCCACGGUUUUUAUUCCAUGAAAACACACGACGAGCAAAAUGCUUACUUGUUCGGUCUCAUGCGGCAAGUGGAUGUUAAGCGCAAGAGAGUCAAGGCUAGCAGCAGGCGUACUUGCACAUUCGAAUAUUUUAUCCGCGUCAAGGGACGCGAGACCCAGGUCUGCCAGACGGCUUUUAAAAACAUUCAUGCCAUUACUGAACGAAAAGUUCGAGUAUUGUGCAAGAAAAUGGAUGAUGGAGUUAUGUUUCCCAGUGACAACCGUGGGAAAAACAGCCAUCGUCGCUCUGGAGAAGUACGGCUUCCAAAUACAGUGAUUGAGCAAAUUAAAAACCAUAUUUACUCUAUUGUUCACACUCACCGUCUCAAGGACUUCAUAAGGCUGGAUAAAAUUGCUGGUUUGGAGAUAAAUAUUUCCAAGAUGUGGAAAGAUUACAUUAAGACAUAUGAUCCAGAAAACAUAACAGCCACCAUGCCCAAGUCUAAAAGAGGUUCUGAAAUGCCUUUGCCAAAUGAAAUGCCUCCACAACCUCCACAGCCACCUGUCACUCAAGAACCAUUUGCCCCACUGACAUAUCCAGGCAGUGGCCAUCUUGUCAACUUGGCAGAAAACUACUUCCAGAACCAGUAUCAAUCGGCAGCACUGGCCUCUACUGGCACUCAAACAAACUUCUAUCAGACUCAAAAUGGAGCUCAGAGCAUGGGAAUUCUACUUCACUCCUCAGCUGCAGCACGCCCGGCCCCACCAACAACUGCCUACAUUGUGCUGCAGACAAAACCGGAACCAUCAUCAUCAUCUCAAAAUCAAGCUAUUGCUUACAAUCAAAAUCCAGGGCAAGAGCGGGAGGAACCAGCAAAAGAGAAAAAAGUAAAGAAAGAGAGAAGGAGAGGUCCUCUGGUAAAGCAGUGGAGAUACACUAAUAUCUUCCACUACGAGAUUAAUGGAGCAGCUCUUGCAGCAAUUAAAACAAGACUGGGCAUGUACUAUGCUGAGAGUGAUGCUGCAAGGAAAAAGGCCAAGCAGGGCCGUCCCGGAGAAGGUCCGUCUACUGCCCAGACGCCUGUUGAACAAAUACGACCAACUCACACUGUUACUAUUUACACCUAAAGUUUAUGGCUAGGUUUACUGCUGUGAGUGACAACUUGAACAUGUUUAAAGCAGGGCUAACAACAUACAAAAAUUUAAAGGG